CCUCCACCUCGCCGCCCACCGGCGCUGCUUCCUCCUCGAUGUCUCCCCGCCGCUGACUCCUCCUCGGUGCGCCUCCGAGCACCGACGCCGCGCUGCGAUGCGGAGCAGCGGCCGUGGGAACGAGCAGUGAGCUUCCACCUGCGUCUUUUUUUUAUUUCUUUCUGGGGGGGAAAUGCAGGACCGAGGCGGCAAAGCGGCCCCGGGGAGCCCCGCCGGAGCCGGAGAAGCGGCGGCGGCCGCCGGAGCGCAGAAUUCAGUACAUAUGAAUGGGCAUACUGUCACUCAGAAUGGCCACGCCCCAACAACAGCAGCAACAACAACCACUUCACCGACACAGCAGAUCGAUUCCCGAGCUCCGAAUCCUGGAACUGCUUCGACCGCUGUCCCACGGGAGCAGUGGGGCGGAAAGUAUGAGUUCCUUCUCUCCUGCAUAGGAUACUGCGUGGGACUGGGCAACGUGUGGCGGUUCCCCUACCUUUGUUACCGCAACGGUGGAGGCGUCUUUCUCAUCCCAUACUUCAUCAUGCUCCUCGUGACGGGGGUCCCUCUCUUCCUCAUGGAGCUGAGUCUGGGGCAGUACGGCGCGGCCGGUCCCAUCACUGUGUGGAAAUGCUGCCCUCUGCUAAAAGGUAUUGGGAUUGGGAUGCUCUGUGUUUCCAUGUUGGUGUGCCUCUACUACAAUGUCAUCAUUGCGUGGACAUUUUACUACCUGGGCAGCUCGUUGCAGAGCCCUCUGCCCUGGUCAUGUGACCAUGUGGCCAACGCAGCUAUCUGCGGCAACGGCACCUCUGGAAAUAGCUCCGCUGGUAAACCUCUCAGCCCCACAGAAAUCUUCUGGAACGAGCGUGUGCUGGGUGUAGUGCACAGCGAGGGUCUGCACGACCCGGGUCCCGUCCGGUGGUCCUUGGCCCUGUGCCUCCUGGUCGCCUGGGUCAUCAUUUUCCUGUGCAUGCUCAAGGGCAUCCGCAGUUCUGGCAAGGUGGUUUAUGUAACGGCGACCUUCCCGUACUUUGUGCUCAUCGUAUUGAUCAUCAGGGGUGCCACACUGGAGGGCUCGCUUCAGGGCGUUGCUUUCUACCUCACACCAGACUGGGGCCGGUUAGCUAAUGCGCAGGUGUGGAACGACGCGGCCUCGCAGAUCUUCUACUCGCUGGGUAUUGGAGUUGGAGGGCUGCUCUCUAUGGCCUCUUACAAUAAGUUUGAUAACAAUGUCAUCAGAGACACUCUGGUCAUCACCACAGGAAACUGUUGCACCAGCUUCUUUGCGGGAUUUGCUAUAUUCUCAAUCCUGGGUCACAUGGCGUGGCGGAAAGGAGUGCCUGUUGGGGAGGUGGCAGACACAGGUCCUGGAUUGGCUUUUGUCGCUUACCCAGAAGCACUUGCUCUGCUGCCAGGCUCGGUGUUCUGGUCCAUUAUGUUCUUCGUCAUGCUUUUUAUGCUUGGUGUGGAUACACUGUUCGGGAACAUGGAGGGCAUCACUACGGCCGUGCUGGACGAGUUUCCACAUCUCAGAGCCAACACGCUGCACAAGUCCAUGUUUCUGGGAGCUCUGUGUUUUGGUUUCUACCUGAUGGGCCUCCUGUUGGUGACCGAUGGGGGAAUUUACUGGUUCACUCUCAUUGACUCCUUCAGCACUAGUUUUGGCCUCAUCAUCAUCACCCUCUUCAUGUGCCUUGGCAUCUCCUUCUUCUAUGGAGUGAACCAGUUUUGUCAGGACAUUAUUGACAUGAUCAGCCACUGCCCUCGCUGGUGCACCAAAGUGCUGCUUUACUUCAAAGCAUGCUGGGUUUUCUUCACUCCCUUUCUUUUGUUGUUCAUCCUGUCCUAUAUCUUCAUUGAGAUGUACAACACGUCACUCCAUUACGGCUCCUAUGUGUAUCCUCGAUGGGGGAAGGCGUUGGGUGUGUGUAUGGGCGCGACCUGCUGCCUACAAAUCCUCAUCUGGGCCAUUGUAGCCAUCAGCAAAGAAACCGGAACACUGAAAGACCGUUUCCAGAAAGCAAUCCGACCCCUGAAUUCCUGGAGGGCAAAUACCUCAAACUCCAGCAGGAGGGUAGAGGAGCACAUGGAGCCAGAGAGAGUGGAGGGCCCGUUCACGGUCACGCUCACUGAUAUGGACUACAACGCCAUGACAUGGGAGGAGGGCAGCCAGGCGUAACGGCACGUGGAGCUGAGAGGAUCGCACAACAACGAGCGAGCCUCAGUGGCAAGAAACAGAAGAAUUUAUUUUGUUAUCCGCCCCCAGCGAGGCUCUGGUGGCUGUCCUGCAGGGCAGUGUGGUUUUGUUAAUGACUUUAUUUAUACUAUUAUAGGUCAUUUUUUUUAAAAAAAAAAAGAUAUAUUUUGUAGAAUACAAAGUUACAGAAGUAAAGAUUGGACUGUGUCCAUUUUUACGUUGAUGCCUAUUUAUUGACAUUGUAUCAUGGUACAAUGAAAGUUCACUGACAGUGGCCAACAGCACCCAAACAACUUUCUCAACCUUAUGGUCAAACAAGAUGGAGAAAGCCGGAUGUUUUUGCUCCACUGCCCUCAAUAUCAUGUGGUGAAGGUGACGCAGCUCCACUGCGUCAGGAAGACUUUUAUUUCUUCUUGAAAAGUGAAUCAUUGCUAAUUUUUAAUUCUAGAAUAAAUGCAUUAAAGAAUUGAAGUUGCCAAACAAGCUGUUUUUAAGUAUUUUGUGUAAGAGUACACCCAAAUACCUUGUUGGAUUUUAAAUGAGGCACGCCACAGAAAUUUAGCAAUACUAUUGUGAACAUGCUUUUAAUGUUGAACAUAUGAAAAUAUUCAGACUACCAUGCAAGCACAAUAUAAGAUAUGAGAGACAACUUAAGUCUCUGACAGCAAAAGACAAACGUUAUUUAGAUAAAAGAAGUCAGUUCACACGCUUUGCUGGAAGCUGGAGUUGAUAGUUCCUCAGCAGAUAAGGUCAUCAUUGUAUUUUUUGUACGGAAAUGAAGAUGGCAUAAUGGUUUUUACCGUAACAUUUACCUGUUUUUCUUUUCAGUGUUACCUAUUUGGAAAAUUUAGAUGUUUACAUCAGUGUGAUUUUACCAGUGAUGAGAAACUUUAAACAUGUAUGAAAGUAUAAAAUGAAGCAUUAAAAAUAGGAAUGCAUU